CUAUAUAUCAAGUCUAGAUGAUUCUGUUGAUUCUCUUGCAAUUGAAAUUAGUAAACAGAUUCUAAUAUUUAGAUCUAAAUUUUAAAUGAAUCUGGUAGAUUCCAGGAAAUUUGGAGGAAAGAGAUUCGUGAAAAUUUCCAAAAAAAUGAAAGCUGAAGGUUCCAACUUACUCCAGCUGGAAGAAGAGCUUAUAAAAAGAAGAAUUAAGACAUGCACAGGAUGUCAGAGAGCAUUAUGAAAGCAAGUUGAACAAUUUGUAUAUAGAAUUAACAGCUUGUAUGCUGCAACUGGAAAAGAGGGAACGGUAGCUCAUCAAACGAGAACAACAACUGACUUUGUACAAUAAACAUAGAAAGAGUACCGUUCGACCAAUCAUAAAAGCUCAAGAAAAGUUAGAUCGACUUGGUAAAAAAUGUACACGUAGGUCAGGGUCUGAAGUCACGGACGCCAGACUCUAUGAAAAACACAGAAGGGAGCAUGACAACUAACUCUGAGCUGGUACCACCGUCUCCUACGAAAUUGCGCACCAGGAAGUCUCGUCAUCGUCGGAAUAACAGCAGAGGGUCUAUGAAAGACAUUACCUCUGCUCAAAUCUCAAUCUACUUAUGAAGCAUCACUGGACACCCAAACAUCAGACAAACUUAACCCUGCAGGGCUUCAUCCUACUGACCAUGCACCCUAUCCUGGGACAUUUAAAUUUUUGGGACCUGCCACUGCAAUCGGGGAGUAUCGAAGUGAAGAUGAAGCUGAUGGCCAAGAGACAAGGUUAACUCAUAUGGAAAACAACAUGAAGAAACGUCAGGAGUGUUGUAGCAGAAACUCAUCCACUUCUGCCACCAGGCACUUGCCAAUCUCAAAACACUCACCUGUAAGUAAACACCAGCAUCAAAACAGAACUCUUCAUCCUAUCAAGACAAUAACAUUAAUGAUGUCUGCUUUGGCUGUGAUGGUGGCUGCAGUGAUGCUACUUGUAGCAGAAAUGCUCAUCCCAGUCAGUGCAGAUGUGUAGUGCACAUGUGACCUAUCCCCUCUGCCCAGCCCAAAACAGAACUUUGAAACUAUGAGUGAAAAAUCCUCUCCGGAUAUUGACCUCUCAUCCCGACCUGAAACUGGGUCAACUCUGGCUUUAAACUUGUACAUAGCAGUCAGGAUAUGAGGGGACAGAAGAAUAGAAGCCCCUCCAGAAGGAUUCUUGAAUCUGAUUUGAUGAAGAAAGGAGUUAAUGAAAACAUUAGAGGAUACAAUACUCUAGGAAAUUUAGAGACCAACUGUUUCCGAAGUGGAAUAGAAAAAAGAAAUGAGUCACCAGAGAAGACCAAUGCUCCGAAGAAGUUUAGAAAUACAAAGCACUCUGAAGAUUCAUGCUCUGAAGAAGUAGGAGACGUUAGUGAGGAUGAUGAAUCAAGUAGCCACCCUCCCUGUCGUCAGUCUCUCUCAACUCUCAGUUCUGAAGGUGUGUUGUCUGAGGAGGACAUGACUAGCGAUCGCUCUGGUCAUCAAGAUGGCAGUGGUGAUAAUGGCUUGUUGUCUACGGGUAGUGCAGAAAAUUUACAAGCAGAGUUGACAAAGUUUACAAAUAUACCUGAUGGGUUGUCUGACAGGGAGAAGACUGUCAGGAAGAUGAAGAAUAAAGUCAACUCCCCUGACAGAAUAUUUGAAAAAUGUGAUACAGAAACUAGUUCAAGUUCUGAUGAAUGCUCUGACAUGACUGUCUCAUCAACUAUGCACAAAACAAGAUCUCUAGAAACUAGUGCACACUGGUAGUAGUUUUUCUCUUAGUUCUAUUUCCUCCAGACAGAAGUCUUCAGUUCUAUCACUUACAAUUAGUGUGUUCAGUUGUUAGUGAACUGUGCUAGAUAAACAUCAUUCGGACAUCGAUACAGAUGGUUAGACAACCAUUUACAAUGUUUUGUUUGGACAUCCAUCAAGUUGGAUAGACUACCAUUUACACUGUUUUGCCAUUUGUUUAAAUCAAGCAGUAAACUAGUCCUGUGACGUCAUGGAUUCAAAAUUUCGCUAUAACAAAAACAUCUUAUAACACAAAGACAGCAUCUUUGAAUUGCAUUACUUGGUGGAUGUAACAGUGCAUCAAACCAAUGUUUUCACUGCUCUUGGUCUGAGACCACCAUCAAUUGCACAUAAAAGGAUUCAUUUAUCAUUGUGCACCAUCUUUAGAAAUGAGGACCUUCAUGGAAUGCAUUCAGUUUAAAUCUGAAUUGAAGUCAUGUAACAAUCUCAAUUUAAAAAAAACUCAACAAUUGACAUGUCGCCACUACAGCAAGUCAGGAGAAACAGAAUUUCUGUGAAAAUGUCUUAAUUUUAUAUGUUUACACUUAAAUAAAUAAAUAAAUUAUUGCUUUAAUAUAGUGCUACUUUCAUGCCUAUAGCAUGCUUAUAAUGCUAUGGUCCAAUCUCAUUCAUGGACCAGUGAGGGGGUAUCUGUGAGGUUUUCCGUGCUGCCUUUAGGUGCUCAGUAAACACAACUAUGCCUGAGUCAAGUGUCGAACCUCGAGCCCCCCUUCAUAGGUAGCCAAGCCAAGUUCAAGCGUACUUAGCCUCUGGACCACGCUUCCCACUUAGAAUAAACUUUAAUUGUAUAUUUUUACACUUAGAAUAAGCUAUUUAGUUAGUUUGGCUACCAUACACAAACUGUCUGUCAUUGCUACUGAUACAUCAAGACUAAAGAGUUUUGAUUUUCCCUACUUAUGCUCAUCUUCUUUGCAUUGAUGUGAAUAUGUAAUUUUUUUUUUGUGGCAUGAUUCUAAUUAUCUUACACUAAUAGUAAAACUUUAAAUGUUUAUGUAAGCAUCACCUCACCAUAUCCUGAUUGUAUUAUGCUUGUCACAUAUAGAAAAAGUAAAAUGAUUGCUAUUAGGGAAAAUCAUAUUAAAAUGAUGGCAAAUUUGUGCAUUUUCUGCCAAUAGAAACUUGAUCUAAACUAAAUAAAAGCAUGCACUAAAUCAAUGAAUGAAAAAUUGUCAUUUUAUAUCAGAUUUGUCAAUGGUUUAUACAAGUCUAGAAUAACUUUUCAAAGCUAACCCUGGGCCAUUGAUGCAUUGUCUUGAGGAGGAUGAGCAGUAUUUUUUUAAUUUUUGUUGUUUUAUGUCCAUUCUAACAGUUGUGUGAACUCAUCCUUUCUAAAACUACCAGCUGUUUCAAUUGAACUAACUGCUUACUGGUUAAUAGAUUUUUUUUUAAAAUUGCAUUGUUAAUUAUUUUGAUCUAAAUGAGAUUUGAUCAAAGGACAUUAGUACCUUUAGAUUCUAAUUUUGAAAUGUAUUUAGUUAAAUUCUGCUCCAAAUAUUAGUGAUUUUCACACAUUUUUCCAUUUCUCUGAUUUUUGCUUCUUAGAUAAUGUACACUUAUGACAUAGACCUAUUUUUUUGUUUCUAGUAUAAAUAAUCAAUUUGAACAAGUCAAUGUGAAUCUUGUGCAUAUGAAAUUUACCUUCCAAAAUCCUCUCUCAACCCCCUCCCUUUUUUUUUAGUUUUAUCAGGGGAGUCAAUAAUAUUUAAACUUCAAUGAGUUACCAAAAUCGUUGUAGAUCAGUUUUAUAAUUAGUACUGGAUCCACUACAUCUGUGGGGAUAUGAUCAUUUUGAAUGGUGGCACUUCAUAUGGGGAUAGAGCCAAUGAUAGAAUCAUCAGAUGUUUGUGGGAACAUUUGGAAAUAAAACUAAGUGGGCCUGUGAAGAAGGGCAUCUAAGUGUAUGAUGCUUGCUGUAUAUUUUAAAUUAUUUUUAAAGUGAACUAACUUUUGCACUAAUGACUUAUUUCCUUAUGCUAAACCCAGUCUAGCUUCAAUUCAUUGUGAUUGACCUAUCUAUAAGUAGGCCAUCUCUGUAGUCACUUUCACCACUAUGUAGUUUUAUUACUUCUUUCAUCUUAGGGAAUCCUAUUCAAUAUGUCAUUUAUUAAAUGGCUUCACUUCUGAAAUAAUUUCUUGAUAUGUCUGGUAAUUAUUAAUACCAAAUCUUCAGAGAUCAGCUCCAACAGCAGAAAUAGAUUAUACCAUAAACAACAUUUUAAUACUAGUCAUUUUGUUUUAAAUAACACAAAUUGUUAGUUGUAUCAAGUCUUAUAACAUUGGCAAGAUGUCACAAAUUAUACAUUCAACAGUGGUGUGCCUGGCUGUCUGAAAUUGCAUGAGUGUUUUUGUCUCUCAUUGCACUUUGUUUUAAAAGUUUUUGUACCAGACUCUCCAAUGAGACCAAACUUUUUUUAUACACUAACUUCCUUCUAUUGUCUAAAGGCAUUGACUGAUACUUCUAAACAAAGAUAUUUAUUUUCUCUCUUUGUUCACUUUUUUUUCUCUUUCUUUACUUUUGGAUUAUCUUCCUUUUCUUGUUUACAUUUAAGCUAUGGAAUGUUAUAUUUUCCUUUGAUUUAGAAUCAUCUAUUUCUGACAUCAGCACAAAUUUUAGGACAUUCUCCCCUUAUGAGUAUUUUAUUGCUAACCUCUUUGUUGUGUCUUAACAUUUAGUGCUGGAUUCACUACUUCUGUAGUGAUAUGUCAAAGGAAUUUGUUAGGCUUCACUAGUUUACAAUAUCAAAUUAGGCAGAUAAAAGUUAAGUUUUGUUUUUGUUUUGUGUAUUUUGAGUAAGUUUUUAUAUAAUGACAAUAAUGU